AAAAAAAAGGAAAAGAAAACGAAACGCAGUAAAGGAGCAGAAGGGUGGAGAAAAUACCGUGCAAAACUAGAAGUUCGAGUUGGUUAUCGAAUAUGAAACGUUCCAACCACGGCCACACGCAUCCCUAUUUGUCUUGACUACGAGUCGUGGCUGAGCAAAGGGAGUGCGCCUCUGCUUCUUGAGAGAUGUCUUCGAUAUCAGCGCAAGGGGUCGUCGAAAGAGCCAGCGCCGAGUUGACCAAGAGAAUCAACGGUCUGGGGCUGAGAGCAUCUAAACAUCAUGGUGGGGGAAAGGCGAGCGUCAUGGAACGCGUUACUCACGUGUUCUGCGGGAGUGGCGGGGUUCCAUAUACGAAUUUGCAGAGCGCGAAUAAUGCGAACGCAACCCCGGAAAAGCCGAGCAGAAGCGUGCCAGCAUCGAUGAACAACAUGCCAUCGGCGAACAACAAGAGCUUGAGCAACGUCGGUACACCGAGCAGGGCAAGGAUAUCGAGAAAUCGAGCAAAGAACGUGCCGUUGGCGAGCGGUGGAACAGGCGGAUACGUUGCUCCUACCACGUGGAAUCAGCUGAUGCAAGACGAUCAUUUCCUCAGCGAAUUCUUCCUCUACUUCACCUCCAUCGAGAGGAGGAUUUUGGCUCAGGUAUGCUUAAGAUGGAGAGAUAUACUUUACGCACGACCUCGACUCUGGGUAGGCUUGGUGCCUGUGGUAAGGUGUCGCGAAGUGCGUGCCAUGCCUUCUAGUUUGCGCACACGGCUUUACGCUUCCUUAGUAAGAAGAGGCUUUCAUUCGUUGGUUCUUCUCGGCGCAUCGGACGAGGAUAUCCCGGAACUGACGCACGGAUUCCCGUUAGCGCAGAAAAAUAUUCACUCGCUGUCGCUUAGAUGUUGCGCGAUUACUGACAGGGGAUUAGAAGCUCUUUUAGAUCAUUUACAAGCAUUGUUCGAACUUGAAUUAGCGGGUUGCAACGAGAUAACGGAACCCGGACUGUGGACUUGUUUGACACCUAGAAUAGUAUCAUUAUCCUUGUCUGAUUGUAUCAACGUGGCCGAUGAAGCUGUCGGUGCUGUCGCUCAAUUGCUGCCAAGUCUCUACGAGUUCUCGUUACAAGCUUACCAUGUAACCGACGCCGCCCUUGGAUAUUUCCAUGCCACUCAAAGUAGCUGCCUUAGCAUCCUCAGGCUGCAAUCCUGCUGGGAACUUACUAAUCAUGGUGUAGUCAAUAUUGUACAUUCCUUGCCCAAUUUGACUGUCCUGUCGCUGUCCGGGUGCAGUAAAGUAACAGAUGAUGGCGUUGAAUUAAUAGCAGAAAAUUUGUCCAGACUUCGAUCGCUAGAUCUGAGCUGGUGCUCGAGAAUCACCGACGCGGCCCUAGAGUACAUUGCCUGUGAUCUGAAUCAUUUAGAGGAGCUUACAUUGGACAGAUGUGUGCACAUAACAGAUAUAGGCGUGGGCUAUAUUUCCACGAUGGGAUCAUUGAGCACAUUGUUCUUGAGAUGGUGCAUACUACUUAGAGACUUUGGACUUCAGCACUUGUGCGGCAUGAAAUCCUUACAAGUACUCUCCGUGGCAGGCUGUCCAUUGCUUACAAGUAGUGGAUUAUCCAGUUUGAUUCAACUUCGACAUUUGCACGAGUUAGAGCUAACCAAUUGUCCAGGAACGUCUCAGGAGUUGUUUGACUAUUUGCGUGAACAUCUACCACGCUGCCUAAUCAUCGAAUAAAUGAAGCUUCGUUGGAAGCAAGGCAACAAGCUCCAGCAAUUCAUCUUCUGCGUUUCAUCUAGAAAAUUCAUUUCUAUUUCUAUAGAACAAGACGGCAACAUAAAAAAAUAUUUCACAUAAAGCAAUACUUAGAAUGGACAAGGGUCCGACGAUAGACGAGGAGAUAACGAUGCGGAUACAGAUAGGAAAGAAGCAAUUAACGUCCAAAUAUGAACAUUACCGCAUACUUAUGUUCUUUCUUAUAACGACAAAGGAUAUAAAAAAAUAAAAAAGAAGCGGAUAUAUAGAAAGAAAAAAAGAAAAACACUAGCCCCUAAAAACAUGCAAACAUGUUAACAUUAAGAUAGCGUGUAGAUUUUUAAUACACAGAGCUCCUGUAUGAAUCGCACUCCUUUCUCGCCGAUGCUAGAACUUUUUAAUCGAAUCAUACAUGAUUCGAUUUAUCGUGUUGUUUUCUUUUUCUUCUUCUGUUUUUUUCGAAACAUGUUUGAGAAGAAAAUGCAAACAAAAGAGAAAAAAAAAAA